UUGUGUGUGUAAAAAAAAAGGAUUGAAUGAAUCGGCUGCUGACCUUUCGUAACUGUCAAACGCGGAAAUUGGUUAAUUCCACCGUAAAUACAUUUUUAUACAGAUAUGUCUAAUAUUAAGAUUAAUGAGUGACUAAACCGCCGUAGCUGUGAACAACUGUGAUAUAAGUAAUACGAAUAAAGUGCUGUUAUGUAAAGAGUUUAAAUUAUUGUUAGUGUGAAAGCCGUUUGGGCGUUUUAUUAUUUUUCUACUUUAGUGCGAGUUAAAAAUGGAAAAGAACAAGGAAUACCACGAUCCGGAUUACCCGGAGGCCUCGGUGCGGGUGAAGGAGGAAGUUCUUAGCUUGACAGAGGAGGAAAAAGAAGAGAAGAUAAGAAGCAUAAUUCAGAGGGAGUUUAAGAACGAAAUCGAUGUUUGUGAGAACGAAGUGAUGCUGGCCUAUCAGCGCAUGGCCACAGCACGCAGGAUGCUGCACCGGCUACGCUGCAUGCUGGUCUCGCGUUACUACUGUGACAAGAAAUUACAACUGCCCGAAGAGCCUGAGUCGUCAGCAUCACUACGCAGCGGGCAACGACGUCUCCACCCAUCCGUGAGGAAGCUCCUUGGUAAAACCACGGCUGAUAUGGAGGAGAUCUUCAGACCGCUGGCUACUAGGAACAAGAGGAGAGAUUACACUGCUAUGUUACAAGCCCGCAACUACACGAUCCCGGCCGACGGGUCCCGCUCGUUGCGGCCCGAGGAGCCGCGCGAGGAGCCCCGCCAGGAGCUCGCGCCGGACGCCCGGCCCACCAAGGUGCCGCGGCACAUCGAACCGAGAUCCGAGAACGUACUGACACUAGACGAGGUCACUAGGAACAAGAUGAAACACCGCUAUAGGAUCAUUAUUGGAAACACAUCAAAAUACGCCCCAGCGGCGUCAACCAUGGACCGCUCCACCCACAAAUGGUUGCUCUAUGUCCGCGGCCCCACGGGCCAUGACGCUUCCAAGUUAUUACGAGCCGUGGUUGUGACACUUCAUCAUUCGUACGCGCCGCACCACAUAGUGCAUAUAGAUAAACCACCGUACCACAUAUCACGGCGUGGCUGGGGCGAGUUCCCCGCGAGAGUGGAGCUGCACUUCAAGCUGCCUGAAAGGAACCGACCGGCCACCGUGGAACACACUAUCAAACUGGACAGACACUAUACUGGACUGCAGACACUAGGUGCAGAAACACUAGUAGACGUCUGGCUCUACAGUACCCCGGACAUGCUGGAGUGCGAAUACAAAGAGGAACAAGAGAUCCUGCCGGAACCCGCUCCGGUGCCCAAACAGGAACCCGUGGAACCCGAGCCUGAACCACCGGCACCAGACAGCUGGCUGGACUUCUUCACCGAGAACACUAAGCUAGAUGUCGAUGAGAUGAUUAUUAAACCGGAGAAGAAGCAGGACAACCAUAUAGAAACCCACCUGGACUUAGACAACCACAUAGACCAACACAUGGAUCUCGAGCCAAACGACAUAAAACCAAAUAUUUUCGACCUCGAAAACACCAUCAAAAUGCAAAACGACCAAGUGGACUUGUCGCCCGAAAAAACCAUAGAAAACCCUACGGAAACCAUACCAAACGAAAUACUCAACCAACCCGCGUCACCCAAGAAACGAAUCAUGAAAUAUCUAGACCCGAAAACAGGGAAAAUAUAUUACCUAGAAAUGGAUAGGAACUUAGAUUUAAGCAAAGUGCAAGAAAUAGUAAUCAACUCGAAAGGAAAUAUGAAAACGGCGAAAUUAAGUCCCGUAAAGCAGAAUGGUGUGAAAAAAGUCAAAAAAGGUGUUUCAUUACUGAAACCUGAAGUGAAAAAUCAGAUAAAUAAUAAGGAAAAGCUAAAGAAGAACUUUACACAUAUACAGAACGAUCAUUGUUACUUAGGAGUGUCGUGGGCGAAGAGUAUAACUUUCAGUGCUCCGGAUAAAGAAGUGUUAGUGAAAAAAGAAAGUAAUCUAUACGAUAGUUUGUGUGCGUGUGUGAGUAGGUUUACUUGUGUGCGCGUGGCGGUGAAUUAUUUACUGCGGAAAGUGCCCAUAGUGACGGAGCUGGCUAGGGACCCGGACUUUAAGAAGUGCUUUCCGUUUGCGGUGGACGGCGAUGAGAGGUUUUGGAAGAUGGAUUUUGCUAAGCGGAGAAAUAAAGAGUGGUCAAGAGCAAAACUAAUCAACACAAUCCUCACGGAACACUUCCGCACCACCGAACCGAUCUGGCGAACCAAGCAGAUCCUCAUCUUCUCCCGUCUCCACGGAUACCAGCCCGUCCGGAAAGACAGCUUCUCCACCGACUACUGGGACAGUACGGAGAUCACCACAGAUCCGGCCACUAUAAGUGUAUUUAACCCGGAGGAUUUCAAUAAGAGCUUGACGGAUACUGUGGAUGUUUCAGAUGAUGAAGAUGUUGAGGUGGUAGGCGAAGUGCCAUCUCGUGUGGGAGUGAAGAAAGAGGAACCAUCGGGCCUCGUCGUGAUGCCGGUGGAGAAGGAAGAGGACAGACUGCGGUUCCUGUUUCUGGAGCGGACGUGCGCGGACAUAGGCGUAGAGUUGAGGAACGAAGAUGUCGGGAAUGGAUACUCUUAUAGCGCGGUGCACUCGGUGCUGCUGUCGGCGCUGCGGAGCUUCGCGGAGGAGCUGGUGCGGAGCGCCCACGCGGCCGCCGUGCGGGACUGCAGCGCGCCGCCGCCGGGGCGAGCGCCCGCCGUGUGCUGGGCGGCGGGGGUGUGUGUGCGGCCGCACUGCGUGGCGCUGGGCGCGGCACGAGCGAGGCUGGCGGCCGUCACCAACAGGGACUGCGGGGCAAGAGGGAAACAUACCAACGACCAAUUAUAA